CUUUUAUUUUGGUCUGGCGAUGUGACGUCAUAAGUACGCGUCGCGCUCCUGCAGCUUUUCUGAAAAAGAAAUAUUCCCGGUGAAUGGCUGAGAUCCACGAGACUCUGUUAUAAAGAUGGCGCUUAUAAAAGAAGAGAGUGAAGACAUGCAGAGUCAAGAAGCUUUCAGAGUCGAUCAUAAAGAUACCGAGGAACUAACAGAUCUGGUGGCACUGAAUGAAGCCGAAGAGAAAGAUCUGCAUGAGGAACAUCAUGACUUCACAACUGGAGAAAAAUCUUUCAGUUGCUCAGAGAGGGAAAAGACUUCCUCUCAGAAAAGAGCUGGGAAGACUCUAACUAGAAAAUGUUUCACCUGCCAACAAUGUGGAAAGAUUUUAAGCAAAAAAGACAACCUUAAAAUCCAUAUGAGAGUUCACACUGGAGAGAAGCCUUACAUGUGCCAUCAGUGUGGAAAGAGCUUCCCACGAAACGCCAGUCUAGAGAUUCACAUGAGAACUCACACCGGAGAGAAGCCCCAUACCUGCCCUCUCUGUGGGAUGGGCUUCACGUAUAAAGGAACCCUUUACAUCCACAUGAGGGUUCACACUGGAGAGAAACCAUUUGAAUGUGGUCAGUGUGGGAAACGUUUCCCACAUAAAGCAACCUUUGAUAUUCACAUGAGAAUUCACACCGGAGAGAAGCCGUACACUUGCAAACUCUGUGGAAAAACUGUGAAUCGGAAAGGAAGUCUUGCAGUUCACAUGAGAGUUCACACCGGAGAGAAGCCAUACACCUGCCAACUCUGUGGAAAAACUAUGACUCAGAAAGGAAAUCUUAUAGCUCACAUGAGAGUUCACACAGGAGAGAAGCCUUACAGCUGUAAUCAGUGUGAAAAAGGUUUUGCGCGUAAAGAAUUCCUUCUUAAACACAUGGAGAUUCACUCAAGAGAGAGCUGCUUUAUGUGCCAUCAGUGUGGAAGAAGAUUCACUGACAGGGAACGGUUAAAGAAGCACGUAAUAACUCAUAUCGGACAGAAGCCUUUUAUGUGUCAUCACUGUGGAAAGAGUUGCUCGAGAAAAGCAAACCUGGAGACUCACAUGAGAAUUCACACCGGAGAGAAACCCUUCACAUGCCAACAGUGUGGAAAGAGUUUCAGACAGAGAACAGCUCUUCAGGUUCACAAGAGAGUUCACACCAAAGAGAGGCCUUCUCACGCAUCUUCAGUGCGAGUUUCACAUUUCAAAUAGAUCUGAAGAGUUAUUUGCAAACUCGUUCUGGCGAGAAAUUGGCAUGUUCUGAGUGUGAUAAGAGGUUUAGAAAAAGGAGCGAUUUCUAAACUCAGUCUGGAGAAAGUGUGGCUCUUUGAAAAGCAUUUAAUAGCAUUAAAUUCACUUUCAAUAAGUUCAUAAAAAGCCCUAAAUAUAAUAAAUGGUGGGGUUGAGUCUUAAAACUUUUUUGACAUUUUUAAGGCACAAAUAUAGGAGAUGCGUGAAAAGGCAAACCUGUUUUUGAUUGGCUGGAGAUUUUUCUUUAUAUUAAAUGCAAUAAAUAUUAAAUUAACAUUUGAUGGAUUAACUAUCUACUUCCCAACAGAAUAAAAUGUGUGGAAGCUCAGUUAGUUUGUUCUGGAGGAGUGUUGGGAUGAUGGGGUUGAAGGCUGAACUGAAGUCCAUGAACAGGA